UUUUCCCCUCCUCAUGUAAUCCGAAAGAAAAGUAGAGGAACACGUAUCGAUAUUGCAAGUAUAUAAGUGAUAUAGUAUCUUGUUAAGAUCAUCAUCAUCAUCAUCAAUUCAAUAGGAAAAAGUUUACAUCUUUUGCAAAACCCACAUGGGAUCUUCUGCGUUCUUGAAUGCCCUGAUGGAGUUAUCGGGAAUUCUAAACGAAUCCUGCAAACUGUUUCUGAAGAACAGGAAGCUGAUGUUCUUCGUCAUGGUACUCCCUCUCUUUCUGAAUUCUGCAGUCUACUUGAUCAACUUCUUCUCCAUCAAAGCCGAGGUAACGAACCUGAUUCUUGAAUCUAGUUUGUUAUCCACAACAGAUCCAAACACCCUCGAAUACUCGGCCCUUCUCAUGCGUAUCUUCUCGGACAUACGCCUCUUUGUCGGAUCUGCGUACAUCUUCCUUGUCGUCCACUUCAUCGUCUCCCUGUUCUUCAGCGUAGCCGUUGUCCGAGCAUCUGCUCUUACGCAUGCGGGAAAGAACGUCCAGUUCAGAACGUUCUUGGUCUUGACCGUGAAAUCUUGGAAACAGCUUCUUGUAACAUAUUUUUACAUAACCCUCUUCGUUCUCGGCUACUUAUUCCUCUUCCUGAUCACUCUUUUGCCCGUUCUGUUAUUUUCUCCGGGCUUUUCUUAUCUAAAAGCCCGAGGAAUCGUCGUGUGGAUCAUAUUUGCGGUAUUCGAGUCUUACUUAGCUAUCGUUUGGCAAUUAUCGGUGGUCAUAUCGAUCCUCGAGGAAACCUACGGGAUCCAAGCCCUGGGGAAAGCUGCUCGGAUAGCCAAAGGGAUGAAGCCGAGUCUGUUUCUUGUGAAUCUUUCUGUCGGGAUAUUGUCUCUCGGGUUAGGGCAAUGUAUUAGGCUAAGUAACGGGACAUAUCCGUCCACGGGUAAUGUUCUCAUCGGUUUGGUCGUUGUGAACUCUCUCUUUCUGGUUAACAUGUUCCGGCUCGUGGUUUACACUGUCUCCUAUUUCCAUUGUAAGAGCGUCCAUGGAGAAGAGGUUGAGCUGCAGGGUUAUGUGGAAUAUACCAAAAUACCCUCGGAGUUGCUCGUUGGGAACAACGUCUGAAGGGUGAAAUGGGAAGUUUCUUUGAUUAUACGGUCUUUUUGGGUUGAUUUCCGUUCAUAUGCUUUGUAAUUGUUAUUUACCUUAUUAUAUGUGUCAUUUUUCUACCCGUUUGUUUAAUAAGGUAAUUAAUGUUUGUUUAUUACAUCAAUCAUUUCAAAUAUUUACAUUCGA